AUGAUAUUCUCCAAUAUCAGUAACUGGUUCUGGGAUGUUGUUUGGCCUCCUGCGACUCAGGACGCAGCUGAGACAAAGCUUGAUGAUACUCAAGCUCAACUCCAAACAAACAAAAAGAGAGUUGGAUCAUCUCUCAAUGCUCAAACUCCUCAAACGGACACACAGUAUUACGACGCCCAACCUCGAGUGGAUAUAGAGCCCUUGAACAGCCCUGAAGAAUCCCAGAGCACCCAAAUUUCUCCAUUGUCCCAUGAUCCUUAUUGUGACCUCUCGGUUAUUGGGAUUGGCAUGACUGGGCUUGUUCUUGAGAUGGGGAAGGACCGUGUUGUUAAGAUACCUAAGCGCUAUGAAUCUGAACAUUAUCGCGACCGCGAGGAGAUGGAAUAUGUGAACGAAAUAAAUCAGCAAACCCUGCAGAAUGAGAUCCAAGUCUUUGAACGCCUAGGCAAUUAUAAAGGCAUUAUUCCUUGCUUUAAAACAUCCCAGUAUGGGAUUGAGCUAGCCCGUGCACAGGGGGAUCUUGAGUCCUAUCUAGAAACUAGUCCGGAACCUGAGGACUCGUUAAAAGUCAACUGGAUGUUGAGUCUUGUUGAGACCUUCUCCUAUGUUCAUUCUUGCAAAGUAUUUGUGGAUGAUAUUGCUCUCCGCAAUAUCUUAAUAUGGGAUGGGCAGCUCCGACUUGCAGAUUUCGGACAGUCUGUUUUAUUACCACUUGAUAUCGACAUUGCUUCCGCGAAUGAUAAUGACUUGAAUGUGCAGAUUGAGAUACUCCAUCUUGGUUGGGUACUCUACUCCCUUGCGUCCUGGAAAGUCCAUAAGUACUAUUUUUUCAACCCUGAGAACCCUGAUCUCUGUUGGCCUGAACCAGACUCAUUCCCAAAUGUUGAUGAUGUUCUCUGUGGAAGGAUAAUUGUGAAGUGUUGGCAUGGUGAAUAUGCAAGUAUGGAUCAUGUGAAAGAUGAAGCCCAUCAAUUGCUCAUUAGCCUCUAG